AUGGAAUGUUUGGAUGAAGCAGAGAUUACUUUGCCAGCAAAAGAUCAAUCAACAGUAUUGCCUGUUGAAGGAAGACCAAUGGCAACACCAAGAAAAAGAGUCAUACUUGAGGAGACAAGUGCCAGUGGUUCUGGUAAGAAACGAAAAACAUACAGAACGAAUCCCUAUAUCGAUGAUGAGGCAGAAUGUUCUGAUGACGAUCAUAAAGACAAUGAUCAUCAUCAGGAAAAUAAUAUUUCUAAGGCCAAAGACAAUAAUAAAACCAAUGAUAAUUCGGAGCACAACAAGAAUGAUAAGGUAGAUGUAGAGCAGUUGAAACAAACUGCGAAAUCACUUCUUCCGGACUUGGAGAAAGUUCAAGAGAAAUUAGAAGGAUUGGCUGAGGAUGUCAGAUUGAAGAGGAUCGAUGUUCCAAUUGCACCUCAAUUACUUGAUGAUACUAAUAAAGAAGCGGUGACGAAGUAUAUUGUUGAUAUCCAUCGAUAUCAUGAUAGCGGGGAACGAUAUAGAAAUCUGGGAUUAUUAAUCCAAUACGCUGGUGCAUUCCGUUUGUUUUGCCUCUGUGAGACAAUCAAGAAAGAUUACCCAGGCUUUCAUGCUACAGUUGUAGAUUUUUUAAAAAAAUGCAAUUAUAAAUAUUCCAAGAUCGACACCCUGAAAGCAGCCGGUAGAAAAUUCAACUUGCUGUUACAGCAUUUCAAUCAGGGCGCAGCAGUAAUUUUUACAUUGUAUUCGACAAAUCAGAUGCGAAGAUUCAAUGAUAGAGACAUUCAUGCUAUCAUUGGUUAUAUUAAGAAAAACAAGGAUUUGACGGAGAAGUUACGUGCUUUGAAAAUUGAUGACAGCACGCUUAAGAAUAUCGGCGAAUUAGCCUAUGUAGAUUUUAAACCAAUAAAAAAUAAGCUAAAAAUAUAA